AUGUUCCUCUCCUUCCUCUUCACGCCAUGGACCUUGCUCCUGCUGCCCGUCCUGUACUACCUCCUCCCGUACAUCCGAAACUGGUCGAUUCAAGAUAUCCCGGGCCCGUUCCUGGCCAAGUUCACGAACCUCUGGUACAUGUACGAAUGUCGGAAGUGUCGACGAUACCUGACCGUCCAGGGACUGCACAAGAAGUAUGGCAGGUUCGUACGCGUCCAGCCGCACCAUAUCUCCAUCGCGGACCCGGAUGCGAUUCCCAUCAUCUACGGGCACGGAACGGGGUUCUUGAAGAGUGAAUACUAUGACGCCUUUGUUGCGAUCCAGAGGGGUCUGUUCAAUACGAGGGAUCGGGCGGAACAUACCAGGAAGAGGAAGACGGUGAGCCAUACGUUCAGCGCGAAGAGCGUGGGACAGUUUGAGCAGUAUAUCCAUCACAAUUUGGAAAUGUUGACCCAGAGAUGGGAUGAGAUUUCCAAGAAUACCGGUGCUGGGAAGUAUACUACCUUUGACGCCCUGCAUUGGUUCAACUAUGUGGCUUUUGAUAUCAUUGGGGAUCUGGCUUUCGGGGCGCCGUUUGGGAUGCUGGAGAAGGGUGCGGAUAUUGCUGAGGUGAGAGCUUCGCCGGAUUCCCCGCCGACGUACGCACCUGCGAUCGAGGUGCUGAAUCGGAGGGGAGAAGUGAGCAAUGCGGUGGGCUGUCUGCCGCAGGUGAAGCCUUAUGCGAAGUACUUCCCGGAUCCGUUCUUUUCCAAGGGCAUGGCAGCUAUCCAGCAGCUUUCUGGGAUUGCGGUUGCGCGGGUGAACCAGAGACUGGAAGCGGCUGAGAGGGGAGAAAUCCACAGGACGGAUCUGUUGGCGAGAUUGAUGGAGGGGAAGGAUGAAAAGGGGGAGAAGUUGGGACGCGCUGAGUUGACGGCUGAGGCGCUCACGCAACUGAUCGCCGGCUCGGAUACGACGUCGAAUACUUCUUGUGCUCUGCUUUAUCAUUGCCUGACGAAGCCGAACGUUAUCAAGAAGCUCCAAGCUGAGCUGGACCAGGCAAUUCCGAACGACGAGAGCGUGCCGAAUUUUGAGCAGGUUAAGGAUUUGCCAUAUCUGGACUGCGUUAUCAAAGAGACGCUUCGCAUCCAUAGUACUUCCAGCAUUGGACUGCCUCGCAUGGUACCAGUAGGAGGCUACGAAGUCUGUGGACGAUUCUUUCCUCAGGGGGUCGUGUUGAGUGUACCGGCGUAUACGAUCCACCAUAGCAAGGAGAUCUGGGGGCCCGAUGCGGAAGAGUUCAGGCCAGAGAGGUGGGAGAAGGUUUCGGAGAGGCAGAAGCAGAGCUUCAUUCCGUUCUCCUACGGACCUAGGGCCUGUGUCGGGAGGAACGUGGUGAGUAGAGGCCUCGCCCCUGACUUUGGUGUGUAUGUGUGUGUGCGUUACCAGACUGACCUGUUGCGUAGGCUGAGAUGGAACUUGCUCUCAUUGUGUCGACUGUUUUCCGCCGUUACGAAUUCGAGCUGUAUCAGGACAAGUUGGAGACGCGUGAAGGAUUCCUCAGGAAGCCACUGGGCUUGAAAGUCGGGAUGAGGAAGAGGCAGUCCAAGUCGUGA